AACAAACACGAUACAGUCUUUAAAGCCUUCUCUCCGUUUUUUCGUCGGUUGAAAAAAUAAAAUGUGGAAGCCGUUGGUAUUUAUAUUAACAAGCUUCACGGUUCAUAUGUCAGAAGCUUAUAGGAUUUUACUGAUAUCACAAACGUUGAGUAAAAGCCACGCAAUCCUGGCUGAAGGACUCAUCAAACAUUUAACUGACGCUGGUCAUGAGAUUACUUAUAUACAAACAAUUCCACCAGAAAAACCCCUCCCAAGAGUUACUGUAGUCGAUAUUAGCGGCAUCCUACCUCGACGAGACGAUUUUUUUCACACAAAAUCUAUCUUUGAAAAGAGAUUGAACAGCCUAAAUUUGAUGACGGGCUUUAUGCCGGACAUUUUACAAAGAAGUAGGCUUAUUAUAGAACACCCAAAUAUACAAAAACUUAUAGCUGAUAAUAAUCAGCACUUCGAUGUUGUUAUUUCAGAGUUCAUGUUCAAUACAAUACAUGCCGGUUUUGCAGGCUUAUACAACUGUCCAUUAAUCUGGUUUUCACCAAGUAACCUAAACUGGAUGGUAUUUGAUCUGAUAGAUGAAGCUACCAACCCAGCAUACAGCGUCGACGCAGUAUCAUCAAGCACUCUACCCCUGACCUUCAGAGAACGGGUUGCGGAAUUGGGUUUGCAUAUCAUCAAGAGGAUUGUCGUGAUGCUAUGGACCACAAUAGUCGACAAUGCGGUAUACGAGAAAAACUUUGCACCUUUAAUACGCGAGAGAAGAAACAUCGCGCCGUCAUUUGAAUCUCUAGCUUACAACGGAUCUCUAGUCCUGAGCAACUCGCACCCGUCUAUGAGUGGGGCUGUGAGAGCGCCUCAGAACUUUAUAUCUAUCGGAGGGUUUCAUAUUGACCGGAAUGUUAAACCUUUAACUGAGGAUUUGCAAAAACUGAUGGAUGAUGCAAAACACGGCGUAAUUUACUUCAGUUUAGGCUCAAAUUUGAAAAGCAAGCAUUUGCCGAACGAAAUAAAAAGGGACUUGUUGAGUAUGUUCGGAAAACUGAAGCAAACAGUUGUAUGGAAGUUCGAAGAGGAUUUGCCAGAACGACCCACCAAUGUGCACACUGUACCGUGGGCUCCACAACAAAGUAUAUUGGCACAUAAUAACUGUAUCUUAUUCAUCACCCACGGCGGCUUACUAUCUAUCACUGAAACAAUACAUUUCGGAGUGCCCAUCAUAGGAAUUCCAGCUUUCUACGACCAGUAUGCUAACGUUCAAAGAGCUGUCAACAUGGGAUACGCCAAGAAAGUAGAUCUAUCAUACGCAAUGACUCAGGACCUAGAGUUUGCUAUUCAAGAUAUGCUCGCUGACUCCAAAUAUACUACCAGAGCAAAAGAACUAUCAGAGAUAUACCACGACAGGACAGUUCCCCCAGAGAAAGAGUUGGUCCACUGGGUAGAACACGUCAUAAAGACGCGCGGGGCACCGCAUCUGCGCUCCCCUGCGUUUAUAAUGCCCUGGUACCAGAAGUUUUAUCUAGAUCUUGCAUUCGUUGCGUUGGUCUUAAUUUUCAUAUUGAAAAAAACAUUACUAAUUACCAUUGGAAUUAAAAAAACAAUAGGAAAACAGAAGAAAACUUAACGUAUUAACG